CCUCUGGCUGCAGUUUUCGGCAGUGCAGCUCUGGUGCGCGUGCUGCUAUUCCACUGCGUGUCGCUUCCCAGCGGCGCGCUGUUGCUGUACAGUGGCACCAGCAGGAGCAGCAGCAGCUUCCAGGAAGCCUUGGCUAGAGAGGCAGCUGGCCUCUCUCCGCUUGCCGCUGGAAUCUACGUUCAAACUCCGCCUCUCUUCGUCCUCCUGAAACAUCUGACUGGAUGUGGAGGCAGUGGCGCAAGUUGCAACGCGCUUCGUCUCUUCCUGCUGCUGCUGGCGGUAGAUCUUGGAGUUGCUGCCGCUUUGGCUACUGCAGCGGCGCAGCUGCAGCCGCAUGCCGACGAGGACGGGGAGGAAAGGCUGCUGAGCAGCCUUUCACCCCUUGAUGCGCAAGCCGCUUCCCAGUGUUUCUCUCUUGUAAAGGAGAAGCGGCUUCUCCUGCAACAGAGGGAACGGCUAGGGGCCCUUGCAUCACAGCGCUUUAUCAGCCCGACUCUCGCUGCUGCGCUUUUCCUCUUUCACCCAUACACCGUAGCAGGAAGCUUAGCCUUGUCUCCUCACCACGUUCCUCUGCUGCUCCUCUCGCUGGCAAUCGUCACAGGGGCGUUCGCAGCGAGAGCAGCAGAAGCAGCGACAACACUCCGUGGAAAGGAAGGAGGCCAGUCUGCAGCAGCACAAGGCAUGCCAAGUCACCCUCUAAAGAGGCGGAAGGGGGUGGCUGCUGCUGCUGCUGCUGCUGUGCAGGGAAGCUUGUGGGAGAGCUUCGCGUCUCAAUGGCAUUUGGAGCCAAUCGACCCUGGUCUUGGAGGUUCGUGGUAUUUGCUCGCGCUGGCUUUCGAGCGGUACCGUCGCAUUUUCGUCUUUGCACUGCAGGCUGCUGCCUUCGUUCUGAUGGUCCCCUUGACGCUCGCCUUUGCGGGAAACCCCCUGAGUCACUGCCAGGCCGCAGUCGCUUCAAUGGUGCUCUUCCAACAGAAUCCAAGCCUCACAGAAUUCGCCUUCCUGCAGGUUUUGUUGGCUUUUCAUUGGCGAGAAAUGCAGCAGCGCGUCCCCUUCUCGAAGCUUGUAGGUCUCAGCUUGCUUGCGGCAGCCCUAUUGCCAGUGGCGUUCUCCCUCUGGAUGGAUCGCGGUGUAGGGACUGCCAAUAUCGCGUAUGCACUGCAGUGCCUCCAUUACACAUUCUCAUGCCUGCUCGUCACCGAGACGCUUCGGGGAGCCGCACAAAGAGAGCAGCGCUACUACCAGCUGCAGAUGCGCGCGUAG